AUGAUCCAGCCUGUCCAGGUCCCUCUGCAGAGCCUUCCUACCCUGGAGAUCAAUGCUCCCCCCAGUUUAUUGUCUGCAGCUGAGGAAGCAGCAGGUCCAGCCCUGCUGCCCUACGUGCCCCGUGUGCCCCCCAUGGCACUGCUGGGGAAGCUCACAGCCACCACCUUCACUCUGGAGAGGCCCCACUGUGUCUUCGACCAGCACGCCAACGCCUCGGACACCGUCUGGCUGGUGGUGGCCUUCGCCAACGCUUCAGCCACCUUCAGAAACCCCCCGUCCUGGGCAGACGUGCCCCCAUACCAGCAGCUGCCCACCACCCACUCCUACAUGACUCUGCGGGCAGCGGUGGCCACGUACGCCUGCUCGGCGCCGAGCCCGGCCCUCCUGCGGGUUGGGGGUGACACAGAGUGUGGGGCCCAGGGCAGCUGGGACCCCUGCAACGGACCCCUGCCUUCCCCGGGGCCCUACAGGGUGAAGUUCCUGGUGAUGGGCUGCCACGGCCCCAAAGCAGAGACCAGGUGGUCUGACCCCAUCCUCCUGCGGAGAGCCAGCAGCCUGAGCACCAUGGACACUGCACAGGGCAGCAGUGACGUGCUGGUCAUCACCUCCAUCCUGGCCAGCCUGGGAGCUGGGCUGGUCACUGCCCUGCUCGGAGCCGUGGGAGCCAAGGUGUGGAGGUCCCUGUGCUGCCGGGAUUUGAGAACCUUCGCCCACAGGUCCUACAGGACCCACCACAUCCCUCCAGCCCUGCCCCAGCCCCUGCCCCACAGCUGCAGGUGCAGCCCCCCGGGGUUGGGCUGUUUUGCCCCCCCAAACCCGAAUCCGUGUCCUGCCAAGUAA